AUGACAGAGGCAAAUUCCUCCGAAGCGCUUAACCAACUUAAAAGCCUCGAAAACGAACACGGCGAUAUCAAAACGUGCCUCUCCAUCCUCCGCAUCAGCGAACCCAUCGGCGUGGAAUCGGAGGUUGAGAAUCAAGAACGGUCUCCCUCGAAGCGUGGGUCUGAUGUCUCUGCUCUCGAUAAUCCCACGCCAUCUUCUUUGGAGGCAGACUUGACGCAUUACAAGGAACUCUUCUCCAAACUACGCUUCUCCUACGUCGAGCAAGUCACAAAAGAGAAAUUUCUGCGCGCAAUCGUAGGCGACCCACCCCUCGUCGUCGACAACAAUGAGAACCUCAAACUCGAAACCCAGCUUGCGGAAAUAAAAGCAGAACUCAAAGCGCGCAAAGAAGAUGUCCGGAUGAUGAUUGAGGAAAUGGAGAAGACAGGCAGGGAUCUUGCAGCCCGUUAUAAAAAUGUCCAGUUACAAAGGGCCCAACUCUCCGAACUCCCCGAAUCCAUUGCGAACCUCGAGUCUACUAUCGCCGGGUUACGCGCGAAACAGGUUGCUAAUAUGGACGACGCGUCAUCAUCGCAGAAGCUUCCUCUUCCUGCGACAUUAUCGCUGUUAUCUGAGCGUGAGGCUGAACUUGCGGCACUUAAUCGUCAGUUGGCUACGGUGCAGAAUGCAUUGCCUAGAAAGACAAGGGAGGCUGAGGCCAUUGAGCGGGAACUGGGUGUGCUUGAGAGACGCAAGACUGAGGAAAUUGCACAGGCCAGAGAAGCUAAGCGGAAGAAGCAACAGGGAGAGAGUGAUGGUCUUGAAGAGAUGGGACGGUGGUAUAGAGGAGCGGAAGAAACGUUGAAAAAGAUAGUGGAUGUCGGGGAGUAA